GAUGACAACGCGAGGACAACAUCCCUUAAUCCCAAUAACCCUUAACAUUUGUAUCAUACAGAAUAACAAUGAGAUUUCAUUCAGGCGUUAAACUAGUCCUCAAAAUUCAGGGUCCUGCUACUGCGCGAUGCGCGGAAGGGAAGAACAUUUUGCCUACCAAAUAAACUCCAUGUAGAAGCAGAUAAAACCAAGAAUGCCUGCUGAACGUAAGAAGUCCGUAAACAUGGAAGACAAGGAGCCGGGGAGCAGUAACAAGGAGAAAGAAAAAGAGAGAGAGGGUGACCGACGUCCCACUUCCUCCCGGGAAAAGGCGAAAGAUGAGCCCAAAGCAGGAAAGAAGGAUGGAGGCAAAGCAGCAGAGGAGAAAAGGAGAAGGAUUGAGGAUGAGAAGAGAAAGAAGGAAGAAAAGGAGCGCAAGAAGAAAGAGGAGGAGAAGCUGAAAGCUGAAGAGGAACAAAAGAAAAAGGAGGAAGAGGAGAAAAGGCAGCAGGAGGAAGAGGAGAAGAGGAAGCAGGAGGAGGAAGCCAAGAGACAGCGAGAGGAAGAGGCAGCUCUACUCAAGGAGACGGAGGAGGCGCAGCAGCUGCACCAGGAGGCCUGGGAGCGCCACCAGACGCGCAAGGAGCUGCGCGCGCGCAACCAGACCGCGCCGGAAUCCCGGCCCGAGGAGGCCUUCUUCGGCCGCCUGGACUCCAGCCUGAAGAAGAACACGGCGUUCGUGAAGAAGCUGCGCACGCUGACCGAGCAGCAGCGCGAGGCGCUGGCGCACGACUUUGCCGGCCUCAACCUCAGCAAGUACAUCGGCGAGGCGGUCAGCUCGCUGGUGGAGGCCAAGCUCAAGCUGUCGGACGUGAGCUGCGCCGUUCGCAUCUGCUCGCUCUUCCACCAGCGCUACGCCGAGUUCGCGCCCCUCUUGCUCCAGGCCUGGCGCAAGCACCUGGACGCGCGGCGCGAGGAGAAGGCGCCCAACGUCAGCAAGCUGCGCACCGACCUGCGCUUCAUCGCCGAGCUGACCGCCGUGGCGCUCUUCACCGACAAGGAGGGCCUGUCGCUCAUCUACGAGCAGCUCAAGGGCAUCACCAGCGCCGACCGCGAGACGCACACGCACGUCUCCGUGGUCAUCAGCUUCUGCAAGCACUGCGGCGACGACAUCGCCGGGCUGGCGCCGCGCCGCGUCAAGGCGGCCACCGACAAGUUUGGCCUGGCGUUCCCGCCCAGCGAGAUCAUCACCACGGAGAAGCAGCAGCCCUUCCAGAACCUCUUGCGCGAGUACUUCACCUCGCUCACCAAGCACCUGAAGAAGGACCACCGUGAGCUGCAGAACAUCGAGAGGCAGAACCGGCGGAUCCUGCACUCUAAGGGGGAGUUGAGUGAGGAUCGCCAUAAGCAGUAUGAGGAGUUCGCCACCUCCUACCAGAAGCUGCUGGCUAACACCCAGACUCUGGCUGACCUGCUGGAUGAGAACAUGCCCGAGCUGCCCAUAGACAAGACCGUGCAGGAAGAGCACGGCCCAGGAAUCGACAUCUUCACCCCUGGCAAGCCCGGCGAAUAUGACCUGGAGGGAGGCAUCUGGGAGGACGAGGAUGCUAGAAACUUCUACGAGAACCUGGUGGACCUCAAGGCCUUCGUCCCUGCCAUCCUCUUCAAGGACAACGACAAGGGUGGUCAGGGCAAAGUUGGAGAUGACUCCAAAGAUAAAGAAGCUAAGGAGAGUAAAGAGGUCACCAGUACAGAAGAGCUGGAGUUGGAGCUGGAGGCUCUGGACAUCGCUGAUGACCCCCUAGAGUUGGAGCCCACAGACGAGGUUGAGAAUGAGGAGCUCGCCAAGAAGCUACUGGACGAGCAAGGUGACAGGUUAGGGUCAAAGAAAGGUCAGAGUUCACUGGAAAGGUCAGUGAGGUCAUCAGAACAAGAGGAUGAAGAGGCCAGCACCGGCUCCCACCUGAAGCUCAUCGUAGAUGCCUUCAUCCAGCAGAUGCCUAACUGUGUUAACAGAGACCUGAUAGACAAGGCUGCCAUGGAUUUCUGCAUGAACAUGAACACAAAGUCCAAUCGCAGGAAACUGGUCCGGGCACUCUUCACUGUACCCAGACAAAGGCUGGACUUGCUCCCGUUCUACUCUCGCCUUGUGGCCACUCUGCAUCCCUGCAUGUCAGACGUGGCUGAGGACCUGUGCUCUAUGCUCAAAGGAGACUUCCGAUUCCAUAUCCGCAAGAAGGACCAGAUCAACAUCGAGACCAAGAACAAGACGGUCAGGUUCAUCGGAGAGCUGGCCAAGUUCAAGAUGUUCUCCAAAACAGACACACUGCACUGCCUGAAGAUGCUGCUGUCUGAUUUCUCCCAUCACCACAUCGAGAUGGCCUGCACCCUCCUGGAGACCUGCGGUCGCUUCCUCUUCAGGUCACCAGAGUCUCACCUGAGGACCAGCGUACUCCUGGAGCAAAUGAUGCGUAAGAAGCAGGCUCAGCACCUGGACGCGCGCUACGUCACCAUGGUGGAGAACGCCUACUACUACUGCAACCCACCACCCAUGGAGAAGACCGUCCGCAAGAAGAGGCCGCCUCUGCAGGAGUACAUCCGCAAGCUGCUCUACAAGGACCUGUCCAAGGUCACCACAGAGAAGGUGUUGCGUCAGAUGCGCAAGCUGUCCUGGCAGGACCCGGAGACCAAGAGCUACCUGGUGUGCUGCAUGGUCAACAUCUGGAACGUCAAGUACAACAGCAUCCACUGUGUGGCCAACCUGCUGGCCGGCCUCGUGGCCUACCAGGAGGACGUCGGGAUACACGUGGUCGAUGGGGUGCUCGAGGACAUCCGUCUGGGAAUGGAGGUGAAUCAGCCCAAAUUUAACCAGCGGCGCGUGAGCAGUGCCAAGUUUCUGGGCGAGCUCUACAACUACCGCAUGGUGGAGUCGGCGGUCAUCUUCCGCACCCUCUUUUCCUUCACCUCCUUCGGGGUCAACCCCGACGGCACGGCCUCGCCCCUCGACCCGCCCGAGCACCACUUCCGCAUCCGCCUGGUCUGCACACUGCUCGACACCUGCGGCCAGUACUUCGACCGCGGCUCCAGCAAGAGGAAACUCGACUGUUUCCUCAUCUACUUCCAGAGGUACAUCUGGUGGAAGAAGAGCCUGGACGUGUGGACGAAGGAGCACCCGUUCCCCAUCGACAUCGACUACAUGAUCAGCGACACCCUGGAGCUCCUCAGGCCCAAGAUGAGGCUCUGCACCUCACUGGACGAGGCCAACCGACAGGUCACCGAGCUCGAGAGAGAGGUCAUGGUGAAACUAGGCCUGAUGAUGGGGAAGGACGGCCGCUGCCCCAGCUCCAUGGGUGACGGAGAGGGUCUGGACGAGGAAGACGACGAUGAUGAUGAAGAGGGCGGAGCCGAUACCGAGGAGCAGUCUGGAAACGAGAGUGAGAUGAACGAGCAAGAGGAAGAGUGUGUGUGUCCUUUCCAGGAGGGCUCUGAGAAUGAGGAGGAAGAGAGGGAGGAAGAGGAAGAGGAGAACACCGACUACCUGACUGACUCCAACAAAGAGAAUGAAACGGAUGAAGAAAACAAUGAGGUGACUAUUCGUGGAGGUGGCCUGAAGCACGUUGCCUGUGCUGAAGAUGAAGAUUUCAUCCAGGCCCUUGAUAAGAUGAUGUUGGAGAACCUGCAGCAGCGUAGCGGUGAGUCUGUGAAAGUGCACCAGCUGGACGUGGCCAUCCCGCUGCAGCUGAAGAGCCAGCUGAAGAAAGGCCCCGCCCCUGCCGGGGGGGAUGGAGAGGCCGAGAUCAACGAGACCAUGCAGUUCGUCAUGCUAACACGCAAGGGCAACAAGCAGCAGUUUAAGAUCUUGAACGUGCCGCUGUCGUCCCACCUGGCUGCCAACCACUUCAACCAGCAGCAGGCCGAGCAGGAGGAGCGCAUGCGCAUGAAGAAGCUCACGCUGGACAUCAACGAGCGGCAGGAGCAGGAGGACUACCAGGAGAUGAUGCAGUCCCUGGCCCAGCGCCCAGCUCCAGCUAACACCAAUCGUGAACGGCGGCCUCGCUACCAGCACCCCAAAGGGGCGCCCAACGCAGACCUCAUCUUCAAAACAGGGGGCAGAAGGCAGGAUGCUAGGGCCAGGCGUCGACUGUGACACAGGUGUGUGCUGAGGAUCAAACAGCUGAGUGACUGGUUGGUGCGCCGCUGAUUGGACUCCAGUGGACUGAGCGACGAACGCAGCGUGAGAGAGAAAAAUGUACAAAACUGAGCGAGAGCGUGAGUGCAGCAGUUUGGCGUCACCCUCAAGCGGACGGGCGGACAGGGAGGGAGGCGGUCACUCAGGGUGACCCCCACCUCACCCCGACAAACCAGAGGAGGAAGAGGUGGAGGAAGAGGAUGACUAGAGGAGAGCGUGAGAGGGAGAAAUAGAGGACUGUGGCCAAAAGGAGUGUGUCGGGGGGGGUGUCUCGGCAUCACCAAUCUCCUUCUGUACAGCACCAGCAGCAACGCAUACACGCAUACACACACACACGCA